UUGAAUUAAAAGAGUUCAAGACAUUGAAUAGAAAAUUAAGUACUCCAAUUUUUACAGUGUGAAAUCGUGAAUCCAAUCCAAGAUCAAAAAACCGCGUUAAUCACAUUUCCUCCAUAAAUAAAUAAAGACUUCAACAACGACGAGAUCUCACUCACUCAUUUCAAUAAUCAAUCAAUCACAAUUUCUCAAUUCUCAAACAACAAUGGCAGAUUCAUCAUCCCCAACCCCAACACCACCGUCAACAAACGGCGACACCACUCGCAAAGUCGCAUUGAUCACCGGAAUCACCGGCCAAGACGGUUCCUACCUAACGGAAUUUCUCCUCAACAAAGACUACGAAGUUCACGGCCUAAUUCGCCGUUCAUCAAACUUCAACACUCAACGAAUCGAUCACAUCUAUGUCGAUCCACACAACGCUCACAAAGCUCGUAUGAAACUUCACUACGCUGAUCUCUCCGACGCUUCUUCUCUCCGUCGUUGGCUCGAUGUGAUUCUUCCCGACGAAGUUUACAAUCUCGCCGCUCAAUCUCAUGUUGCGGUUUCUUUCGAGAUCCCUGAUUAUACUGCUGAUGUUGUUGCCACCGGUGCGCUUCGUCUUCUUGAAGCGGUUAGAUCUCACAUCGAUGCAUCUGGUAGAUCUCACAUUCGAUAUUAUCAAGCUGGAUCUUCUGAAAUGUUUGGAUCAACUCCACCACCACAAUCUGAAACGACACCGUUUCAUCCUCGUUCACCUUACGCAGCUUCGAAAGUCGCUGCGCAUUGGUACACUGUGAAUUACCGUGAAGCGUAUGGAAUUUUCGCUUGUAACGGAAUUCUGUUCAAUCAUGAAUCACCUCGCAGAGGUGAGAAUUUUGUGACAAGAAAAAUUACUCGUGCUGUUGGUAGAAUCAAGAUCGGGUUACAGAGUAAGCUGUUUCUUGGAAACCUACAAGCUUCAAGAGAUUGGGGAUUUGCUGGUGAUUAUGUUGAAGCGAUGUGGUUGAUGCUUCAACAAGAGAAAGCUGAUGAUUAUGUUGUAGCGACGGAAGAUUCGCAUACGGUUGAAGAGUUUUUGGAAGUUGCUUUUGGUUAUGUUGGAUUGAAUUGGAAGGAUCAUGUUGUUAUUGAUAAGAGGUAUUUUCGUCCAACUGAAGUUGAUAAUCUGAAAGGUGAUGCUAGUAAAGCUAAGAAAAUUCUUGGAUGGAAACCUAAGGUUAGUUUUGAAGAACUUGUUAGAAUGAUGGUUGAUAAUGAUGUUGAAAUGGCUAAGAAGGAGAAAGUUCUUGUUGAUGCUGGUUACAUUGAUGCUCAACAACAACCUUGAUUUAGUUUCUUUUUAAUGGAUUUAAGAUGGUGUUUUCUUUUUUUUUGAAAUUCAUAUAUUGUUGAUGUUAUUUUCAGUGAUUGAUUCAUCAUAGUUGAGGGAGUUUAAUUGGAUUUAUUAAUCUCAGUUGAUUACAGUUUACAUUAUGGUUUUGGAGGCA